CCUGACUGCCAGUGGUAUGAACGGUACGAGUCAAACUGUAGGACCAGGUUCUUCCUUUAUCGUAUAUUCAUGGUGUGCCUCGGGCUGUGACGCGCAACCGGCCACCGAAGAAUUACAUAACCUCGGGUGACCGUCCGAGUAAAAGUGAGUAAAGGAGGUUUAAGGACAUUGUGGCCGGCCCAUGACAAUGUCUACAGACAGAGAGCCUUCUGUCACUGCUAAACUCCUCCACCUCAUCUUUCUCUCCACCUUCUGGGGAAUGCAGAUAUGGGUCACCUUCAUAUCAGGCUUUGUGAUGGACAACCAUCUAAACCGUCACACGUUUGGCUUCAUUCAGAGCCGGCUCUUCCCGUUUUACCUGCAUAUUGGCUCAGCUUGUGCUUUCUUCAACCUCACUAUCUUUGCCAUGUAUCACCCCAGCGACCUGAUGGAUGACAGAGAGGCCUUCCAGAUCUUCAUUUAUUUCGUCUGCGUGACUGUAGCCGCAGUGAAUGCCCAGUGGUUUGGUCAGAUGACCUCGGAAAUCAUGGCGGACAUGCACCUGAUUGAGCAGGCCUGUGGGCUGGGUCAGGAUAUCGGACUCUCGUCCAAUCGGGAAGCCUACGCCAAGCUCUGUGAGACAGACCCCAAGUAUAAACGGCUGAGUGGUCGGCUAUGGUUUUACCACCUGCUGUCCUCCCUUUGUAACCUCUGCUGUAUUGUAUGUAAUGGAUACAGCCUAUAUUACCUGGCAGAGAACCUCACCACACUCUGAUCACCUUCCUGCUUGUCCCCUCAGAGUGAAGUUAUGCACUCUCAAUGCAAUGCAAAACCCUCAAUUUGUGUCUGUGUGACUCCAGCAGUGAUGAGCUACUCUCAGUCUCAGGUUCUGGAUUACCUCUGACAAAUCUGAUCACCAUUAUCAUUGACUCUGUCUUUUUAAAAUAUGUGGUUGUUUUUAUUUUUAGGGUAAAUCUACAGUAUAUUGUGUGUAUAUAGUUUUUUGUGUGUGUGGAAAAUGGCUGUGCACAUUUAAAUAGGAAGCUUUCACACCUUGCUUGGUCGAUGAAUCACACAAGUUGAAAUCAAAAACAAAAUUGAGAAGUGGAAUUUCUAUAUAAACUAUAUAUAAACCCAUGAAGGCCUUCUAGAAAUGCUCAUGUAAUGUGUUUUCUUUAGAUAAAGGGAACCUCUUUCUAUCAACAAAACAAUCAAAUUAUGUUAGAUAUUUAAUGUGAGAUUUUCCACAAUUGGAGAGUCCCUUUGCUCAAUUGGAAGCUUUUGCAGUUUUGAACAAAAUGGCUCUGAAGCGCUGCUGCUUACAUAGACAGCAUUUUUGGACUAAGUUUCGAGAGACAGCCCGUUUUCUGGACUUGGAGUAAGAAAUGUUAUGGAUACACGAUCUUGAGGUAUGUUUUAAAAGUUGAGUCAUGCUGGCUUUAAAGCACAGUGUUCAUGGAGCAAGAUACUGUAAAAACAGCGUGAGAUGCGACGCAAUGGCCGUAUUCAUCAGCAUGUACGUAGAUCAACAAAAUUUUAAGUUUUUAUUGCACAAAAUUAUCAUAGUUCUCACAUUGCUCACAGAAGGUGAUUGAAGUCUUGACAGAAAUUGUCUUGAAAUUGAAGGUGAUUGGUUUGCUACAAAAGCGAUGCUAUGAUGGCUAUAGCAGCGGUGCUUUAACACGGAUGAAUUAAGAAAGGCUAUUCGAGAAACUACUCGAGAGUUUCGGUGCAGACAGUCUAACAGACGCUAAGGCACAGCACUGUCAGCUCACUAAAACACUCUCAGAGAAGUUGCAACCUGUGGUGAACAACUAGCUGACCAUCCUGACUAUUACUUUAAGGCAUAAAUGAUGUCUGAGCAGUUCUAGUUGCUCUACAGCAGUGGUUCUUAACCUUUUUUUUGAUGAACGGCCCCCUACUUUAUUCAAGGGUGGUGAUGUAGAAUUCUGUGCCGAAUUUAAAUGGUUUCCGCUUCUUGUGCCUUCUCACUGAUUCUCGCAAAACUGCGAGUUUAAGAGCUCGAGCUUUAAGUGCUUUGCCCUCGUGCUGCUCUGUCCAUUGAGCCAUAUCCAUCUACAGAGUCAUACAGGUGCAUUAGCCGAGGUUUUGCCUCCGGCUGUGUAUUUGACGCUGCUAAACCAGAUACUUCAGAUGCAUCGCUAGACUUGAAAAUCAGAUGAACCGUGGUACAAAUGCAACCCGUAUAAUUGAGAACCAACCGAUAUACUCCAAGUCUAGAUAAACGUUUUUAUGCAAAGAGGAACUUGACAAUAGAUUUUAUUAUUAUGACUGAUAAACAUGCCACAUUUGUAACUUAAUGCCCCCCCUCUCUACUAAUUUGCUCUCAGCGCCCCCUGCCAUCCUUUGAACACUUCGUGGGUGGCGGUACCGCCCCCGUUGAUAAACCCUGCUGUAGAGAAUGUGGACAUGCAUGUUAUACAGGUGUUAAGAUUGCUUCCAGCUGGCUCACAAACACACAUUCUUGUUUUUGUUUUUUUACUGAGACUGACAAUGUAUGCAGUGUAGUGAUAUACAGUGGCAAGAAGAAGUAUGUGAACCCUUUGGAAUUAGCUGGUUUUCUGCAUUAACUGGUCAUAAAAUGUUAUCUCAUCUUCAUCAAAGUCACAAGUAUAGACAAACACAAUGUGCUUAAGCUAACAACACACAAACAAUUAUAGUCUUUAUUGAACACAUCACAUUAAACAUUCGCAGUGCUGUGGAAAAAGUAAGUGAACCCUUGAAUUUAAUAACUGGUCGAUCCUCCUUUGGUAGCAAUAAUCUCAACCAAGUGUUUCCGGUAGCUGCGGAUUAGAUCUGCACAAAGUUCAGAAGGAGUUUUGGACCAUUCUUCCUUACAGAACUGCUUCAGCUCAGACAUAGUCUUAGGAUGUCUGGUGUAAACAGCUCUCUUGAGGUCAUUCCACAGCAUCUCUAUUGGGGUUAUGGUCUGGGCUCUGACUGGGACACUCCAAAAGGUGGAUUUUCUUUUUUUGAAGCCAUUCUGUACUGGAUUUACUGCAAUGUUUAGGGUCAUUGUCCUGCUGCAUCACCCAAUUUCUACUGAGCUUCAGCUGGCGCACAGCCACCCUGACAUUAUCCUGUAGGAUAUCUUGAUAAACUUGGAAAAACAUUUUCCCUCAAUGAUGAUCAUGAUGCUCCCUCCACCGUACUUCGCCAUUGGGAUGAUGUUUUCAUGUUGGAAUGCGUUACCCUUUUUACUCCAUAUGUAGUGCUGCAUGUUCUUCCCAAACAAUUCAACAUUGGUUUCAUCAGUUCAGAAAACAUUUUCCCAGUAGCGUUGUGUCAAGGAGUCUUUGGCAAAUUUCAGCCGUGAAGUAAUGUUUUUGUUGGAAAUCAGCAGUUUCCAUCAUGGUGUCCUGCCAUGGACAUCAUGCCUGUUUAAUGUUUUCCUUAUAGUAGACUCAUGAACAGAGAUGUUAACCAGUUCCAGUGAUUCCUUCAAGUCUUAAGCUGUCACUCUAGGGUUCUUUUUUUUUACCUCAUUGAGCAUUCUGCGGUGUGCCCUUUGAGUCAUCUUGGCUGGAUGGCCACAGUACUAAAUCAUCUCCAUUUAUAGACAAUUUGUCUAACUGUGGACAGAUGAAUAUCUAAACUCUUCGAGAUAACUUUAUAAUCCUUUCGAGCUUAAUGCAACACAAACGUUCUUGAUCAUAGGUCUUCUGAGAUGUCUUUUUUGUGAAGCAUGGUCCACGUCAGCAGAUGCUUCUUGUGAAUAUCAAACGCAAAAUGUUUGGGUGCUUUUUAUAAGUCAAAGUAGCUCUAACCCACACCUCCAAUCUCAUUUCAUUAAUUGGAUGCCAGGUUUGCCAACUCUUGAAUAACUCUCUCAGUUGAUGUCAUUAGCCUUGGGGUUCACAUACUUUUUCUUGCCACUGUAUAUGUAUGUGUAUCUGUUAGCCUGGUUUAUGUACUGUAUUGUACUUUUUAAAAUAAGACUGUGAUUUGCUGUUAAAACAUUUGAUUACACUCUGUAUGCAUGGCAUUGAUCUUUUUAAUUAGCCAGUUUAUCUCCUGUUUGACUGCUUUUCCAUGCUGUGCCUUUCGCAGGUGUUAAGCAACAGCAAACAGGACUGCCUGGGUGUGUGCAACAUGUAGUGUGCCUAACAGGUAUCAUAGUCAUCAAAUGUGCAUAAAUUUGUGGGCCACAAACAGUAAAAUGUGCCUAAGUAAUGUGUUAGUCAUAAAAUGUAAUAUGGUUUGACAGGAAGCAUCAUUGUCUAACACUGUAGCAACACCUUGCUUUGGAAUGUACCACCUGUAUUCAGUCACUUUGCACUUGUUCUCUCUUUCUAUUUGUGUUUCUACCUUUCACACACUACAUCCCAUAUACUAUGUUUAUAUUCAUAACAGUUACAGUGCCUUGUGUAGAGUUAUCCUCCAGGGUUUUUUCUAAUGUAUGACAUUAAACAUUGUCCAUUAAGAUGCUGGUGAGGCUUUGGGUUAGUCCCUUUAAUUAGGGAUUAAAUGACCGAAGUUCAGGUAUGAAACUCUACAUGGCGCAAGCUGAUAGGUUCUUUGAACUUGUUAUCUGUUAGCCAAUUGGCUGGCUCACUUGUGAUAUAUUAAGCCAGUCAGCUUGCAUGAUGUAUGCUGAUAGGUCUUUUGACAUGUAAUCGGGUAGCCAAUCAACUUGUGAACACUCUCUUUCUCUAACAUUUAAAUUGCUCCGUUAUGCAGACAAGCUGGUUUCACUGCAGUGCAGAGAUUUUCUCUGAAGUCCUCCUCUUUCACAGCUGCACCUGUUUAGAUCUGCUACAUGGGGAUGUUAUGAAUGUAUAAUGGUGCAGCAACAUGUCCACACGCUAUGUCUGUGUAUGUUAUAGAAGUAACAAUCCUUCUUACUUGCUCUACAACAGCUGCAGCAGCAGUGUAACAGAUCUAGACCUGCCAAUACCAAAAUCCUAUCAAUAUGUCAAACCAACAUUAACAUGCUAAAUCUCAUGAGAGUUGUCAUGAAUGAACUACACUUAAUCAGUGCAAAUGAUCCGGCAGCUACAGUGACUCCAUGUUAAUGGUUAUAUUUACUGUUUUUGUGCCUAAUACUUUGUUACUGUAUUUCCUGGGAUUUGUAGCUGAAGCUUGAUUUUCUUUCUGGGUAUGAUUUUAGUAGAUGAAGAAAUUUUGUGUUAAAAGGUUUUCAUUCUGAAUGAAAGGUAGAUAAUUUACAUAGAACUACUGUAGUGUCUAAACAUGUGAUCAAUGCGAAGCUAUUUAUUUGUAAUUGUGCUGUCUAACAGAAAGGGGUUAAAAGUUUAUUUUUAAUAAAUGUAUGAAAUUGUAUAAA